CACAACACGGCACUUGCUCAACCCUAAUUUUUUUUUUCGACGCUGUGCAUCGCAUCGCCGUUCUCCUCUGCGAUUCCCCAUCGCGAAUCAAAUCUGAAGGAGAAGCCUUCUUCCCGAUCGUGAGGCGCAGACGACCGCGUGGGCCAAAUCGGAAGAACCAGCACCAGAAAUCUCCGUCAAUCGGAGCUUUCUUCCCGUCUCCCCUAAAUCUCCAUUGAUCACACAGCAACGGCGGCCUCCUUCCCGUCGCACCGAAAUCUCGCACCUACGGUCCAGAAAUGACUGAUCCCACUAGACCUGAAUUUGACAUCUUGGACUCAUAAGGACUUGAGUACCACCGUUGGGUUUCUGAUGUAGAAAUGGCUUUCGUGGCUAAAGACUUCUCUGCCACACUUAAAGACCCCAGUGAAUUGAAAGAUGCACCAUCUGAAAAAGUGAAAGCAAAUGCUUUAAUGUUCCUAAGGCGACACAUUGACCCAAGUUUACGUUGGAAAUAUCUUCAGUUGAAAACCCCCAAAGAACUGUGGGAUGCCCUUAAGGGACGUUUUGGGAAUAUUCAUGAUACUCUACUCCCAGAACUGAAUGCGCAAUGGAAUGAAAUCCGUUUGCUAGACUAUAAACGGACAAAUGACUUUGUCAAAGAUAUGUUGCGUCUUAAGGCACGUCUCAUCUUUUGUGGUAAGCCAAUUACCGAAGAUGACAUGAUUCAAAAGACUCUUGACACAUUUCCUACCUCAUCCAUGAUACUAGCGAACCAGUACAGGAUAGAGUAUGAAAACAAAAGAAUUACCACAUUCUACAAGUUGAUGAAUAUGCUGCAAUCAGCAGAAAAGCAUAAUGAAGUCCUUGUGAAUAACAAUGCUCGGCCUGUCGGGACAAAGAAAAUUCCUGAAGCCAAUUAUGGGAAAAUAAAACAUGGCAGGCAUCCCAAUGAAAAGGGACCUCGACGUGGAAAUAACUCUAAUCGUGGGAAGGGUCGUGGUGGUCAUGGUGGUCGUGGUAGAGGUCGUGGAGUAUCUUUCAAUGUUUGGCGAAGAGAGUCAAAUGAUGGACCGAGUGGCCACACAAACAAGAAGUCAAAUGCAUCCAACCCUCCUGUGAUAAAGAAUGAGCCAUGUUACCGAUGUGGAGUUAGCGGACACUGGUACAAGCAUUGUCGCGCUAGUAACAAAGUUGCAGCUUGCUACAAGAAAUAUCCCCAAUCUAAAGAGCAUGAAUCUCAAUAUUUGGACGAAGAAGGCAAUGACGCUGAUGUCAAUCUUACCCUUGCACACUUUACGAACAAGGGGGAUAAUGUGCACUCAAUGGAUACACCUGAUUUUGAUUGAUACACUCUAUUCAUUCUCUCCAUGCAUGAUGUUUUUUUUUGAAUAAUUUCUUUUAUAUUUCUGCCAAUUUCCUAGGAGUGUUUAGAAGACUAUUUAUUGCACUUUUGGACAAUGUGGAAUUGUUUUAAAUUUGCAUUCAAUUUAAAUAAGUUAAGGGAUUUAUGCCCCUAUUUUUAUAUGCAUUGUGUGUUCCAGUUCUAUAUGCAAUACUUUCAUUACACAGGCAUGAAUCGAGAAAGCGCAUCUUAGAGAAGUUUAAGGGUAAGAGUAGUGGACUGUAUAUCACUACAAUUCGAAUAAUUGAAUCUUAUUCUAUAAGUCAUGAUGACAUAAGGGAUACUGAACGAUAUAGACUUUGGCAUGAUCGACUAGGGCAUCCUGGUCGUGACAUGAUGAUUCGUAUCCUAAAAAACUCUCACGGUCAUCCUUUCUUUCGAGGCAAGGACAAAGCGACACAAAAACCCGACAGCUUGAAAAGCGGUCGGCCCAAUCUUGACCAACUGCGACAAAUGCCUUCUAAAGAAAUUGAAGCAUCGUCCUCGUCUCAAAAUAAUUUUUUGACAAUGUCACAUGCCCACAAAUCCUUUUGUAAAGCCUG